AUGGCGAGCCAGGUGUUCGGCCUUUUUAAACGACUGGGAACAAAUCGAGCAGAUGCGCUCCUCUUGUUAGUACUCGAGGCUGAAUGCUCGUAUAAAUCACGGGAUCACGCUAUCACCAGACAUAUAUUUUAUUAUCUGACAAAGGACAUGAAUGGCCAGCUCGGCUUCCCUACGGCUUGUAUUUCAUCAUCCCCUAAGAUGCAAUCCCUCGUAGGCUUGGUCAACUGGAUCCCAUCUCCAUGGGGCCACACAGUCUCAAAUAGUGACUCGCCACCACAGCAAGUCUGCUACCUAGAAGGCCUUCCACUGGAGAUCCUUUAUAUGAUAGUCAAGUCGCUAGACCCAGCUGCCAAAGCCUGUCUCUCACUCUGCAACCGCCAUCUCCACAGCCUGUUCGGCGAGAAACGCCCGUUUCGCAUCCGGACAGAGGCCUGGCACAGGUUACACACUAACCUCGCUCGCGAUCGCCCCUCACUCAUCUACUGCCGGGUCUGCGCUCACUUCCACCGACGGGAGGACAUCAGCCCUCCGGGUCCCGCCUGGCAGACCGAUGUCCACUUUCCCCGACACAACACGGACCAGACCAUGCGCUGUCUACAGUGGUGCCUGUCGAUCCACCAAACUGAGUCCCUGUACCAGUUCAAUUACGUGCACGUCCAGCUCGCCAUGAAGCGGCACUACUGCGGGCCCGAGCACGGGAUCUCAACGGACGAGCUGGCCCAUGUCGAGGUGCUGAAGUCCCCGUCACGCCGGCUGACGAGUCUCCUAUCGGUGGAUGCGCGCGUGUGUGCUUCGUCCGGUGGAAAGGCGAGUCUUUGUCUCCGGUUGCAGAAUUGGGUGCUAAUGCCUGAUUUCCAUGUCCAUCGGCUGCCAUUUAUCAGGGUUUGUGGGCAUAGUAAUUUGCAUGCGCCGCAUGUGUAUGCAGUUAUCCAAAGGGGACUAGAGGCAUGUAUGUGGCGUGGGUUUGAGGCCAGGGAGAGCGAGAGGGAGAUCGGAAAGGAGACGGAGACGGAGGCGCAGAGUGAGGCCCCACGAACGUUCCAUUGUCCCCCGUGUGACACCACAUUCCAGGUCGAGGUGCGGCUGUGUGGGAAUGAGGGCGUAGCGGUCGUAGUUAGCAAGUGGUUGGAUCUUGGUGCUGGAUUAGAUCCCCACGAUGAACGCUGGAGGAGACAUAUUUGCACUGAUAGGCUUGAUAUGAGGGAGGUCGUACUCCCACCCCAGGAAAGUGUCCGAACGCGGGUUGAGCGGGAUAGUCCCGUUUCGCUGGAGGAGCUCACGAGGCGGAACAGCAGUCUGCUGGAGGGAAGUACGUAUACGAGAAGGUUGGACCACUGGUUUGACGAUGUUUGGGUACUGCAGGGGAAUAAACGUUUGCCUUUGUACUGUUAUCUGCCGCCGAAGAAGAAUGUUCUUGCGUCGCGGGUGCGGCUUCGAAAUUGAUAUCAGUGUCAUGAGAGCAGUCGAUGACUUUUUC